AUGCUCGCCAUGAUGUACCCAGGAGACGAAGAGCUCGACAUGCGUGUACCGCCGAUACAACUGGAACAUUUGCCAGAAGUGUUCCUUUCCAGUAUCCCGAAGUGCGGCGGCUGCCACGAGAUGAUCGUGGACCGGUACGUGCUGAAGGUGUCAGAGCGCACAUGGCACGCAGGCUGCCUGCGCUGCGCCGAGUGCCGCGCUAUGCUCUCCGGCAAGUGCUUCGCCAGGAACAACCAGCUUUACUGCACCGAUGAUUUCUUCAAUCCCAGGCGCUUCGGCACGAAGUGCGCGGGCUGCGGGCAGGGCAUCCCGCCCACGCAGGUGGUGCGGCGCGCUCAGGCACACGUCUACCACCUGAGGUGCUUCGCCUGCGCCGCCUGUGCUCGCACUCUUAACACUGGAGAUGAGUUCUACCUCAUGGAAGAUGGCAAGCUUGUUUGUAAGCCUGAUUAUGAAGCGGCCAGGGCUAAAGGAGGUGAGGGUUCGCUGGACGGCGACGCGGCGAGUAAGCGGCCGCGUACUACCAUAACAGCCAAGCAACUGGAGACGCUGAAAAGCGCGUACAGCAGCAGCCCGAAGCCAGCGCGACACGUGCGAGAGCAGCUCGCGCAGGACACCGGCCUCGAUAUGCGUGUCGUGCAAGUCUGGUUCCAAAAUAGACGAGCGAAAGAAAAGCGUUUGAAGAAAGACGCUGGACGAACGCGGUGGUCGCAAUACUUCAGAUCUAUGAAGAGCUCAGGCAGUGGCUCACCGCGACACGACCGCCUGCUUGACAAAGACGAACUUAAGAUCGACCUGGAUUCCUUCAGCCAUCACGAUCUAAGCAACGACAGCUACAGCACGGUGGCGCUGGGCGGCGAGGAGGGUUCGCCGGCGGGCGGCGGCGCUGCAGGCACAGUAGCACGCUUCGGCGGCGGCGCCACGCCGCCCUACCUGCGCGCCCACUCCCCUCCGCAUGCGCACUACCACUAUCCACCGGACCAUCUUGUCUACACAAAUAUAGGUCAAGCGAUGAGCGGUGCUGGUAUUGGAGGCGCUGGAGGAGCGUCUGACAUGAGCAGCUCGUCGUCUCCGGCGGCUGGAGGGUACCCGGAUUUCCCUCCGUCACCGGAUUCGUGGCUAGGAGAGCCUCACCACUAUUCUCCGCGUGGCUUCCCCUAGCGGCGGCCACCGCCGGCGCACGCGCUGCCCGCGCACCCGCCGCCUCCCGCUCUCCCCGCACAACCCCUCGAGCUGGUUGUAAAACGUGAACUCUAAUGAUACACUACAAUAGUGUUACGAUGAAAGAUAUGUUGAAAUCGGGUCUCGAGAAAUCAAAGGGCAGACUGUAAUAGUGAGUGAAGUUUAUUACAUAUAAUAAGGUAAAACUUUCUGGCAUGAAAGUAAACAAACAAAACUAUUAGCUACUUCUUAUUAGGAUCAUCAUCAAAUCUAUAAGAUCUAAAAUUAAAGUUACAAAAGUAUUAAAAUGGAAUUAUUGAAACGCAGCAAGUUAUUUCAAAUUUAAAGGACGAUUUACCUAGUCCACUGAACUAAAAGCACAACCUUUGGAUGCAAUUCCUCCAUAGUGACCACAAUUUAAAUCAAAUAUUCCCUAAAAUAAAACAAAAUCUCAACUGGUAUGUUUCCAAAAUGUCAAAUAAUUGUAUCAAAUGUUAAAAAACAUGACAAGACUUAGAAUAUCUACUGAAUGGUCAAUUUUUGUCGAAUUAUAAGUAAGUUAGAGUAAUUUACUAUAACCUGUCUGUUUUUCUUUUGAUAAUAUUAAGUCGAGGUAUAUAAAAGCCAGCAAUGUUCAUUACAACUCUGUUUACAAUAGAAUGGCGAAUGUGCAUAAAUAAUUUUUCAUAACUUGAAGUUUUACAUUUUACUCUAACUUGUUCUUUCGUAAAGAUCAAUAUUUCAUACCAACAAUGGUUCUUCAGUCUUAAAAUCCAAUUAGAAGAUAUUGUAAAUUAAACAGUGAUACAAGAAAAGAAUAUGUAAGUUACAACUUUUGUAGAAUAUUAUAAGUAGCUUGUAAAUGACACUGUAAAAAGAUAAAGCACAAAUAAUGUGUAUACCUUUAUUAAUUUGGUAUGUAAAUAAAUUAAUUUGUAAACUAUGUAUUAUACUUAUAAUGAGUUACUAUGUAUGUAGUCUUAUUUAUUUAUUUAUCAAGAAGAUCCACCGAGUUAUACAAAAUAUUUUAAUAACAACGCUAGUGAAUAGAGGUCUUUUU